UUUAUUUAUUUUUUCAGCUGUUCGCCUAGCCAGCCAUUUCUGCACGUUGAUUUUGUGAAGUGGGAUUUUCCUUGCAGUUUUCUCGUAAAUUUCCGUAAAAAUGUCAUCCUUUUUCCUUAAGGGAAAGCCCCGAACCGCCACCAAGCGAAAGUUCGAAAAGCCGAAACCGAACAAAAAGGAUAUCCCAUCGGCGCGGAAGGAGAAGGAAGAAUCCGAUGAGGAAAUCGACAGCGACGAAGAGGAGGAACACACGAUUGCUGCCGCAAGCGGCAAGAAGUUUAACUUUGAGGAUGAAGAUGAGGGUUUUAAGGAAACGGUCCAGGACAAGCGACUGCGGUUGGCCAAGAAGUACCUGAAGGAAGUGGAAGAUGCGGAACGGGUCCGCAAGGAGGACGAGGAGAUUCACGACAGUGUCAGUGCCGUGCUGAAGGAGGAUUAUCUGGAGAGCAUUGGGCGGUUGUACAGGGAAGUUUCCACCCGGUACAAGGGAUUCGAUUUGGAGAAGGCGGUCAAUCUGCGGUGCAAGCAGCAGCAUCUGUCCCCGACCUGUUUGUGCCUGACGGAGGAUGACCGAUUCCUGUACGUGGCAAACAAGAAUGGGAUAAUUGUGCGGUGGGAUUUGACCAAGAAGGAAAGGACGGCAGUUACGAAAUCGCAGAAGACGGCCGUGCUUGGGUUGGCCAUUUCACAUGAUCUGAAGUUCCUGGUGGUUGCGGAUGGAACCAACGAGAUCAAAGUGCUGGACGGAACCACACUGGAAGCGGUGAAUAGUUUGAGCGGACACUCGGACGUUGUGACGGGGGUGGUGUUCCGGAAGAAUACCCACCAGCUGUACUCGUGUGCGAAGGACCGAACGGUGAAGGUUUGGUCCCUGGAUGAGAUGCUCUACGUGGAGACAUUAUACGGCCAUCAAACUCCAGUAACGAGCAUCGAUGCACUCUCACGAGAAAGGGCAGUUACAUCCGGAGGAAGCGACUGCUCGAUUCGCAUUUGGAAGAUCGUGGAGGAGUCCCAGUUGGUGUACAAUUGCCCACCCAGCACCGAUAGCGUCGAGUGCGUUAAAUUGAUCGGUGAUGAGCAUUUCCUGUCUUGCGGGACCGACGGAUCGCUCUCGGUUUGGAGUUCUGGUAAGAAGAAACCGAUGAACACGGUACAGUUAGCCCACGGGAAAACGACAAAUGGGGAGGCCAACUGGAUCACGGCCAUUACAUCCCUAUUGAACACGGAUGUCAUCGCUUCGGGUUCGUGCGAUGGAUUUGUGCGGGUUUGGAGGUUGGUCGGAGGUAGCAAGACUAUAGAACCGCUGAUGGAAAUUCCGGUGGAAGGGUUCGUGAACGGGCUGACGUUUAGCAGCGAUGGAAAGCAGCUGAUCGUCUGUGUGGGUCAGGAGCAUCGGCUAGGACGGUGGUGGACGCUCAAACAGGCGAAGAAUCGAACGAUGGUCAUUCCGUUGAUUGUGGCCGACGAUGAGACGAAAGGUAAGCGAAAGAAGAAGUUCGAUCACUAGGGUAUUGUCAAUAAAAGUUCGAUGUACGUUGUGAAA